CCAGGAAUAUAAACCCUCAAGAGCAAUAAUUUACUCAUUUCUUCGCUCUUUCUUCUUUUUUUUAUAGCGUCAUCUCACUUUCUCUCUCUAGAAUCCAUCACAAAUCCCUCGGAGCUUUCUCUCUCCUCGAGUGAGAGCGAGCGAGACGGGGAGAAACCCUUGCCUUUUCUUUUCGAGGGGGCUUGGGGUUUCGAUUCCGCGUCGAUUUAGGGUUUGAUUGCGUCUCCGGUAAGCCAGAAUCAGGAAAUUAAAAAGUUUGGUCUUUGUUGUGAAGGGAUUACUGCAAAUUUCUUCGACUAAGCGAUGCACACAAGGAAAAAGGUUGUUGCAAGGAAUGGUUCUAAUGAAAAUGCUAGUCCUAAACUCUGUAGGCAGCAGAAGAAGGUGGCUGUUGUUGCUGAAAGUAAAGUCAAAGAGCUGAUUACGUCUGCGAAAAAGCAAAAAUAUGCUGGACCUCGCACGACUAAAGUUAGAGAUGCAGAAGAAACAAGAGAGUUGAGUUCUGCCUUUGUUUUAGAGCAUGAUGAGAGGUCCGAGGAAAAACUUACAGAAUGCGUAUCUGACACCAUAUUUUCUUCUGCCUAUCAUCAUCUUAAGGAUCAUAUUAAAGACAGUUGCGGGGAGGUUGCUGAUAAAGUAAACUCCAUGAAAAAUCUUAAGCAUGGUAGCCAGUUAGUUCAGUCAGUUCAUGGGUCCGAGGGAUCAAAAGCUGAUGUCUUGAAUAACAAGGUUGUAUUAGAAAAUAAGCUGGACUCGUUGGAAACAGAAGUGGAAGUUACACUUACUCACGAAUUUGGCAGGAAUACUGAUCCAACAAAUAGGCUAUCUGAGACUUCUGAUACAGAAAAUAAUGCUGUUGGAGUCACUUGUACUGAAUUAAAUCACACUUAUAAAGCUUGUGAUGAUAAAUAUCACGUUGUUGGUAACCUCUCGUCUGAAGUUUCAGCUAUAUAUCUAGCAAUGCAGCACUCUAAAUUAGAGUGUGUUGAUGAACAGAGUCAAGAUUCGACAUCAACGGAAGAUUGUGUGGAGCCAGAUGACAGUGAUGAGUUUGAUGAUUUUGAUCCAUAUACAUUUAUAAAGGAUUUGCCUGAUUUGUCAGCAGUUGUUCCAAAAUUUCGCCCUGUGCUCCUACCGAAGCAGACUCGGAGUUGUCCUUCAACCACACUAGUUCUAGACCUUGAUGAGACAUUAGUGCACUCCUCCCUAGAACCAUGCUAUGAUGCAGACUUCACAUUUCCAGUUAAUUUUAAUCUCAGAGAGCACACAAUCUAUGUUAGAUGUCGUCCUUACCUUAAGGAUUUCAUGGAGAGGGUUUCUGGCCUAUUUGAAACCAUCAUAUUUACUGCCAGUCAAAGUAUAUAUGCUGAACGGCUUCUCAACAUCCUUGAUCCUAAAAGGAGAAUAUUCCGUCACCGUGUUUAUCGUGACUCUUGUGUCUAUGUGGAUGGCAAUUACUUGAAGGAUUUAUCGAUCCUUGGCCGUGAUUUGUCGCGUGUGAUCAUCAUCGACAACUCGCCUCAGGCAUUUGGGUUUCAAUUAGAGAAUGGGAUUCCAAUCGAAAGCUGGUUUGAUGACCGUACUGAUCAGGAAUUGCUUUCGCUUCUCCCCUUCUUGGAGAGUUUGGUUGGGGUCGAUGAUGUUCGGCCCAUAAUAGCUAAAAGGUUCAACCUCCGCGAAAAGGUGAUGGCUUCGUCAUGUCUUUAGCUUGAUUUCGAAAGGUGAACUAUUUUUGCAGAUCACCCAGAAAUUGCUCGUGCUGGUUGCGUCCUGGCUCUUAUACUUGGCAUCUGAUGUUACUCUUUUUGUAACUCAUAUGUUGUUGUAUCAUGAUGUAGGGGGCGUAUUUUGGUCAACUUCUCUGUAGUUGUAUUGUGAAAAGUUUGGAGCUUGAUCAUAAAUUGUUGUAAUGCUCCAAGCAUCUCCCUUUUUGGCUUCUAGUUUUUGAAGCUUAGUUUCCCUGUCUAAAAUGUUUAUUUUUGUGCCAAAAAAAAAAAAACGCAGUGGUUGCUGAUUA